AUGACAGUUGCGAUGUGGCCGAGGGCUGCCCUGUCGCUCCUGCAACACCCCUCAGCACUGCACAGUGCCAGGAAACUACGUCGGACGAGGCGCCCAAGAAAAGGCCAAGCCUUCUCAGCACCGAUGCCCCUGACGACAGCGACCCCGAGAUCGGGGAGGCAGACUGCAGAUGCGUCGGAGGCGAUCCGCCCUGACCACAGCCAGAUACGCUGCGUGAAGGCCUUGUCCAAGCCGGAGGCUGCCGAUGCAGACGUUCGGAUCGAUGAUGGCAAGCUGUUGAUCUUUGCUAUCGAGUCCCAGUCCACUGGGUCCCUGACUUCCUGGCAUGAAGGCGGUUGCCGAGAUAAUCGGGCCGACGCAGCUUGCCAGACGGACGGCACGGACUUCGCUGCUUCUGGUGACGAGGAGAGCGACUGUCUGAUGGUUGGUUGGGGGCCAAGGCCUCCAUCUGCCAGACAUGUUACCGUACCUCAGCGUGCCGGACCUGCUGAACUGGCGGGUGCUUUCGCAGCGGACCAGAAGCCCCGGGGCCUUGCUGAAGCACGUGGCCGACAUGGGCAGCAUGGGAAGGCCCGAGUCAAUUGUCGCUUUCGAGUAAAAGCUACAUCACCUUCGAGGAAGCCUUUGGAGGCGAUGCCGAACAGCAGAAGUUCUAGCAGUGUCGAUCUUGGUGUAUGGAUUUGGGGAAAACGAGAAAGACACAUUUUGCCGAAAACUACAUCCAGUCGGCUGUUGGCAACAACCGCCAUAAUUUGCUUCGUCAUUGCCUGA